AUGGCUUCUGAAUUCCACUCUGGCUCUGAGGCCUUUCCUCCCCAACACCAACGCGACCCAUCCGCCACCAUGUCCCUGGGCAACACUCCCACAAGCCCCCAGGCGCCGCCCUCCGACCAUGGUGGUGCUGCCGUCGACGGCACCUCCAACGGCAAGCAGAGCACCGAUGAUCACGACUUGCCGCCCCCUCCGAACCCGGCCGGUGCGAGCCCCGAGCAGCUCAAGCAGGUCUCCGACGUCCUGUCCUCCGAGAUCGGAAUUGCAACUCUGCUAAACCGCCUCAAGCAGAGCAUAGCUUCUGCAAAGGAAUUCGGCCUGUUCCUCAAGAAGCGAUCUGCCCUCGAAGAAGACCAUGCCCAGGGUCUCAAGAAGCUCAGUCGAUCCACACAGGAUAGCAUGCGCCGCCCCGACCACCGCCAGGGUACCUUUGGUGCCGCCUACGACGAGAUGAUGCACACCCACGAUCGCAUGGCGGAGAAUGGCAUGUCAUUUGCCUCCUCCCUCCACCAGAUGCACGACGAGAUCAUCGAGCUAGCCGCCAACGCCGAGCGCAACCGCAAAACUUGGAAGACCAACGGCCUGUCGGCUGAGCAGAAGGUCGCCGACAUGGAACAGGCCAUGCGCAAGAGUAAGGCCAAGUACGACACCCUCUCCGACGACUAUGAGAGAGUCAAGAUGGGGGAGGCACGGCAGAGCGGCAAGAUGUUUGGUGCCCUCAAGGGCCACAAGUCUGCUGCCCAGCACGAGGAGGAACUGCUCAAGAAGGUCCAGGCCGCCGACCAGACCUACCACGGACACGUUCAAGCAUUGCAGGCCGAGAAGGCUACGCUGUUGUCCACCACGCGACCCGAGGCCGUCAGGACCCUUCAGGAUCUCAUCCGAGAGAUUGACUUGGGAGUAUCGCUUCAGAUGCAAAAACUUGCUUCCUACAACGAGAAGCUGUUGUUGAGCAACGGCUUGAACGUCAGCCCCAUCCAGGGCCCAGGGGGCGAGGGCAGCCAACGUAGCUUGAGACAGGCUGUCUCGUCCAUCGAUAACGACAAGGACCUGAACAACUAUGUCACUGCGCAGUACAGAAAUCUACCCGCCAGCAGCGGAGAGAUCAAGUACGAGCGUAAUGCAGUCCUCGGCCCACAAUCCUCCAGCCACGGUGCGACAAGCGGUCCUCUUCCACAACUUCCUCUUGCACAGAAUCCCCCCUCAGGAAGCUUCGCCCCGCUAGGCCCUGGCUCAAGGUCAAGUACCCUCGGCCUGGGACCUCUCACCGGCGGAUCUCAAACGCCUACUGCCUUGGACCCUCCGUUUCCUCCUGGCGGCCCCUCCGACGAACCCCGUCCCUUCUCGCAGUCCCAUAGUAGGAGCUUCAGCCAAGGGACUGCGCCCACUCCACAAGCCGCACAUCCUCCGCAGGUCUCUGGUAGAACCACUGGACAGCAGCGAUAUGGCAACGGAGGAGGUGGAUCAUUCGGCUCAUCGGGACCGCCCCAGCUCGGCGCCCUGCCCUUCCAGCCAUCCUCCGGGCCAUCGCCUCCUCCACCUUCGGGCGCUUAUCAGGCUCCCCAAGAGCUUUCCGGUAGCAGCCCUGCCACACAGGGGCCAACCAGCAGCGCCCGCUCGCCGCCUCCCUACGGGGCUCCUAGCCAACCUCCGGCUGGAGCAUCAGCGCCAACCAAGCCCGUGUUUGGCCUUUCAUUGAGUCGCCUUUAUGAGCGUGACGGCCUAGCAGUGCCCAUGGUUCUCUACCAGUGUAUCCAGGCAGCUGAUCUGUACGGUCUGGCCCUCGAGGGCAUCUACCGACAGUCUGGCUCGAUGAACCACAUCCAGAGGCUCAAGAACAUGUUCGAUACAGACUCCUCCAAUCCGGCUCUCGACUUCAGGAACCCUGAAAACUUCUAUCACGAUGUCAACAGCGUCACCGGCCUGCUGAAGUUGUUCUUGCGUGACCUCCCCGACCCGCUCCUGACUCACGAGCACCACGACAGCUUCAUUGCUGCAGCCAAGCAUGACGAUGAGGUGGUCCGCCGGGAUUCCCUGCACGCCAUCAUCAACAGCCUCCCCGACCCCAACUACGCCACCCUCCGCGCCCUCACCCUCCAUCUCUACCGCGUCAUGGACAACUCUCACACCAACCGUAUGAACUCGCACAACCUUGCCGUCAUCUUCGGUCCCACUCUCAUGGGCACCGACCCCAGCACUGCAAUCGCGGAUGCCGGGUGGCAGAUCAAGGUCAUCGACACCAUCCUGCAGAAUACGUACCAGAUCUUCGAUGAGGAUUAA